CCUUUGCUUUGAGGAAUUUAAAGCAGGGUGAGUGGAGCCUAGCUAAGCUCAGUGACUCUCACUGUCUCACUCUGCUGCAGCAGCUCUCCCUCCAGUACAAGCUCUCUCAGAGAGACCCUCGGUGUCUCCGAACCUCGCACAGUUGGCCCGUAGACCCCUCCAACAGCCAUGGAAGCCAUCAAGAAGAAGAUGCAGAUGCUGAAGCUGGAUAAGGAGAAUGCCAUCGACCGGGCAGAGCAGGCUGAGGCAGACAAGAAAGCGGCAGAAGAGAAGUACAAGCAGGUUGAAGAGGAGCUGAUGGGCCAACAGAAGAGAAUGAAGGGCACGGAGGAUGAGCUGGACAAGUUAUCCGAGGGACUCAAAAAUGCUCAGGAGAAGCUGCAAGCUUCAGAGAAGACAGCUUCAGACGCUGAAGGAGAGGUCGCUGCCCUCAACCGAAGGAUCCAACUGGUUGAGGAAGAGCUGGACCGGGCACAGGAACGUCUGGCCACUGCCCUGCAGAAGUUGGAGGAGGCAGAGAAGGCAGCGGAUGAGAGCGAGAGAGGUAUGAAAGUGAUUGAGAACCGUGCAAUGAAGGAUGAGGAGAGGAUGGAGCUCCAGGAGCUGCAGCUGAAGGAGGCAAAACACAUUGCAGAAGAGGCUGAUCGCAAAUACGAAGAGGUCGCUCGUAAACUUGUCAUCCUUGAAGGGGAGCUGGAGCGAGCUGAGGAAAGAGCUGAAGUCUCCGAGAUGAAGUGUUGUGACCUGGAGGAGGAACUGAAAAAUGUUACCAACAAUCUCAAGUCACUGGAGGCUCAAUCAGAUAAGUACUCUGAGAAGGAGGACAAGUAUGAAGAUGAAAUCAAGAUUCUGACUGACAAGCUGAAAGAGGCAGAAACUCGUGCAGAGUUUGCUGAAAGGACUGUUGCCAAACUGGAAAAGACCAUCGAUGACCUGGAAGAACAAGUUACUCGUGCAAAAGAAGAGAACAUGGGAAUGCACCAGGUCCUCGAUCAAACUCUACAAGAACUCCACAAUUUAUAAAGAGAACUCUAAGGAACAUAACUCCCAGCAACCAUUGCCAACUGACUGCUUGCGAUUGAACAUUCCACGUUAUCCUGUCCAUUUGAGCAAGUGUCAACUCAUUCCACCCAAUUAUUAACGAUUGAAUGCCAGCCAAAGGUUUUUAUUUUGUAAUUGUAGAAUUUUUAUUGCAAAAGUUCCUCCUUUUCCUUCAGUCACGCAGUGUUUCCCUAUUGUUAGAAUAAGCACAGCUAUCUCUAUGUAGACUCUCUCUAUGUUAGAAUAAGCACGGCUCUCUUUAUGUAAACUCUUCCCUGGUGUGUGAGACAGGGGUAGCUCUGUGAAGGUUCAGGUUUCAAUCUGUCCCAUUUUUUUUUAAAAAAAGAAAAAACCCAGUCUUGCGGUGAAGCCUGCACCUUCUGAAAUUGGUCUUGAUUAUGGGGCUUUCUUCCUGUCUGUCCAUUGUGCUAUUAACCUGACCCUAAUCGCUUGCUUUGUCCUUCAUUCAGUGGGUGAUGUCAUUCAGUAGUUCCUGCAUGGAUCAGCAGAUCUGGGAUCUUUUCUGUUCCUGUUGUAACGAGGGCAACGGCUGUACUCCUGAAGGUUGGAGUAGGCGGGGUCUCUUCCACAUUAACUCCUCAGCAUUUCGAAAUCAGGCUGGUUUCUAAUCCUGGUCGAUCCUUGUUUCCAUUCUAGUUAUUUGGACUGAGCUGUUUGAUUGGAUUGGAAAAAACACCCUUGUUUCCACUUCAUCCAUUUUUUUCUUGCCCCCACCAUUUCUGACCUUCCCUUGAUUGGGCAGAAGUGAAACAGUUCUACAGUCUUCAAUCCACCAUUUUUAUAUUUGGGUGAUCAAGGCCCUUUUUUUGAUGAUUUAUAACACUGUCGCACGCCGAGUCUUGUACUCUGCAAUGUCCAUUAGGAAAGGGCUGACACCAGUGGAUUCGGACUGGCGGCUGCUGUAGGCCAGCUCUCUAGUUCUACGUCCCUUAACAAUUCCAGCCAAAAACACAACUCUCUCGACUGUCAGGGUGUUCAGUUCUCAGCAGCCAGGCCGGUUCCAAAUCAUUCUCUUCUGCUGUAUGUAGGCAGCUCUGCCAGUUCCCACAAAAUGGGAACUGAGCUGUGUACCCAUUCCCUGUUAAGGAAAUCACUUUAAAACGUGCACAUCACUCACAUCAGCAAGAGGAAAGCCUCCUUCAGCCUGGAGCGAGAGUGUUGUAACGGCACCUGCAAAAACUUCCCAAAAUCUUGCUUUACAAAGUCUUCACAUCAGGAGCUGUACUGCACAAGUACGUCUAAAAAUGUUAGCCUUUUGUUUGCUGAAUUUUGCCUCCUUAAAUGGGUGAGAGGGUCUGAGUUUAAACAUUGUUCCCUGCGGUUAUUGUGACUGUUCCAUCAGCAGAGUGUUGAUUGUAAUGUACCUUGGGUUUUGGUUUUGCUUCCAUUCCGUUUCAGUGGACCGUGUCGUUUGAUUGGAGUAGCAAAAAAGCAGCAAUGUUUGUGACCAACUCUCACCGAAAACAAACAUCAGAAACCGCUUUCCCAUUUGGAAAUGCCCAUUAAUUCCUCUCUCCUCUCCUUCCCCCUCCUCCUCCCCCCAGCCCAUGAAUCAUGAUUUCUAGCGAUUUGUACAAUUUUAUAGAGUCACACGUUCUAGUGCUGGCAUCACAACACAAAAGCAAAACACUAUUUGCAUUAAAAAUAGCACAGGAACUGAAUUAAAAGGGAAUGUGUGCCUUUGAUUUCUUUGCACAUCUGAAUCAGUUACCUUGGGGAAUUACGACUUGAUCUGUGUUUGCACUGGCGAUGUUGACUGAUGAGCAAAUAAAAUGACUCACUGCUGAAGAAA